AUGAAGAAGGAAGAGGAAGGGGAAGAAGAAGGAAGAAGAAAGAAAAGGGAAGAAGAGGAAAGAAGAAGAAGGAAGAGGAGGAGGAAGAAGAAGAAGGGGAAGAAGGGGAAGAAGAGGAAGAAGGGGAAGAGGAAGAAGGGGAAGAAGAGGAAGAAGAGGAAGAAGGGGAAGAAGAGGAAGAAGGGGAAGAAGAGGAAGAAGAGGAAGAAGGGGAAGAAGAGGAAGAAGGGGAAGAAGAGGAAGAAGGGAAGAAGAGAAGAGGAAGAAGUGUGA